AUGUGUACAAGGCGCGUGCUGCCUGUACUCUCUUCCCUCUCUCGCUGCGCAGCGGUGGGGCCAUUGAGCUGACGUAUGCUGGCAGAAGAGAGGGGCGCAGAAGAGGAAAAAAGAGACAAGGAGCCCAUCACCGGAUUUCUGCGUACCCCCCGGGACCUUGGUGGGACUUCCUCUCGCUCCCCGUGUGUACAUGCAUGCAUGUGUGUGUGUGUGCCUGUGCUCUGGUGCAGCGCCGCUUCUGCAGGCUUCCCCCUUUCCUCACCCACCUGGCGCAUUGUCGCACUUCUUACCGACGUACUACACACGCACACACGCGUCCGGCAGUCAAGGCGAUGUGUCAUCAUCACUAAACAGGUCAAGCUCAUCCGCUACCUGGAUAUCAACCGACACGGUCGCGCCUGGCGAUCGCGGCCGCAGUGAGACCUACUCCCUCUUCCCUAAACCUGCGUUAGGAGCGUCCAUGAGCCACUCCACCCAGCUGGCGUCACCGCGUCCGGCGAUGUCGCUUGAUAACUCCGCCGUCUCUGACACGACGACCUCGACGUCGAUCCUUGCGCUGUCCGCGGAUGUGUCGUCACCCUCGGCCAACAACUGUUCACAAGGCAGUGGAAGCACUUUUGGUAACGGCGACAGUCGCGGCAGCGGUGGCUUUGUUUUUUGGUUCUCCACCGGCGUCGCUCUCCGAGUUCCUUGGCGCCUUCGCGUAUGCCGUCAGCUUGCAGUCGAGGACGAGCUGGCUGCUGGCUGUGAUGUUCCAUCUCUUCCACUUGUUGCUCAUUCUUGUCUUGUUGAGUAGUUCCAUUCUCUUCCGCGCCACCGUCUUCUCUUUCCAGACGAUGCCGAAAUCGCUACUUCAUGCGCAGAGUGUCACCAAGCAGAAAGGGAGCAGCAAUGAGAACAGUCAUAACGGCACAGCAGGACUGAGCGCUUCCGCGGAGAAGGACCCGAGAGGCGUGGAGGCGGCCGUCAUGCUGCACUCCAGUUUCUCUCAGGCGUCAAUCUCCGUGGAGAGCGUGUGAGCUAUUCACGACUCCGUCUUUUUCCUUGAACAGAGCCAUGUCGUGAUGUCCGCUGUCAUGUCGAACAGCUUCGCCACUCUGAGGUGCAAGGAUCACCACAGUGACAGCAAGAGCAAGGGCACAACGACAAGCGCCAGGGGAUCUGCAGACGAGAUUGGCGCUGCUGCUAUUCGGCCAAAGCAGUCCGCUACCACGCUGCGGCGGCAACCUUGGGGUGCUGCGCAUAUUUGUGGGGUCCUCUUCCGUUGCGCCGGCGCACCCUCUGCUCCAGCGCAACGAGUGCCACUCCCAGGCGAAUUACACUGUCAAAGAUCAUCUCUGCGAGAGAGGCGUUUCCUCCUUAUUCGUCUCCCCUGGCUCUGGCCCUGGCCCUGCUCUACUACCUCUAUGGCGCCAGCUGCGUCGUCCUGCUGCUGACCAUGACGGACGGUAUGCCCACCGGGUAUUUCUCGGUGUUACGGCUCUGCAUCGUCCUUGCCGAGUUGUGUUUGAUAUGUUCACCACGGCGCACAGGCUUUCAUCAUCUGCUCCUGGAUGCGGCUGCGGCUGCUGCUGUCGCACUGGCUGCAUCACGCGAUGCGCUCCACCGGUGACGCUGUGUUCCUCCAGAAGGGACCGCCGUACGCGGUGGCGGACAAGAGGACAGGACAGGUAGUCAUGCUCUGGUUUUAUAGAGCCGGCACGACCGUCGACUGGGGUGCCGCGGGCGGCGGUGGCGGUCAUGGAAGCGCUGGCAAGCUGCUUGUGGGUGCGAUCAACCUCCCCUGUUACCUUUAUGAUCAAGUGUGGUACCUCAAGUUGCUCGCCGAAAGGUAUCGAGGUCUUCUACAUCUUUUUCCUGUCGCUGUGCCUCGUAAAGGAUGUUCACCGAGUUCUGGAUGUUGUCAUUGGCGUGCGCGAGCUUAUGGAGCCAGAGGUGUGUGUGCGGCCCUCCUUGUGGCGCACUAAUGGAGAUGUGCGAGCAGCGCAGCCCCCUCACGGGUCAGCUCCAACUGCGAAUUUGUCCGCAGCCGCCUAUUGUGGUUGGUGCGGCGGACAAGAUGGUGGCGGUGUUAUCUGCGAAGCAGCAAAACUGGUUAUCGCGCACCUACGCCCCGUCUGCCGAGCCCCGUCUGGCGUUGGCUCUUGCCGACGCGCCUCGGCGGAGGACCGCUGGGGACGCUGGUAGUGCUCUCCGCGAGGACUGGAGCACAUCCCCACGACGGCGACGCCUCCCUCAUGGCGUAUGUUAGCGAGGAGACCACCUCUACACUCGCUGAAGUGCUUGAGGAUAUCGAGUUCUACGAGCAGUCGGCUGUGUGUCGCAGCGCCGCAGGAUACUACGAGGGAGGUGACAGCGCAUUUCAUGCGGUGGCUGACAGCGAUGCCACAUGCGAGGCGGUUGUCGGAGGUGCGAGGGCAGGACAGCAAGCACAGCCGCUGCAGGCUUUGCAGUGGCGGCUUCUCGGCUGAGGAGGAUGAGGGGAACGCCAAACGGGCGACGAGUGCGCUGGCACUCGGGUCGUUGUCCUUGUCGUCGCUCUUUGAGGAGGGUGUAAGUGCGGAGCUGGUGAAAGGGGUACCUGUUGCCAGCACCGCAAAGCCUGGCAUGUGUGGUGCUGAACAGGCCACCGAUUUUUCUACUGGAAGAUAUCGUCCACCCCGGCGCUGAGGCGCAGACGGACCGCGCCAUUUGCCGCGUCUUGGCGAAUGAGCUGCACGGGUCGACGGUCUUGGUAAUUGCCCAUCGCGGGUCGUGGCGGUGAAGGGAGGGACGAUGAUCCCCACCGGGGACCAGAAGCCGACUCCAGCGUCCCCGGUCACGGCGGAUGCGCUAGGGGGCAACCAACCGGCUUGCCUUCGCGGCUGCCCCACCGCCGUCGACGGCGGUGCUAAAACAGCUUUCCUACUACCUCGAGUAGUCGCGAGUCUGCCAUCUGCGUUGUGUGUUGGUGCCUGGCAUGGCGGUGGGACUGACCGAGAGGGCGUGGGCGCUGCAUACUUGCCCUUACACCUGGCGGCCUCCUCACACAAGAUCGCCUGUUUGUCUUCGUUUCUGUUAAGUUUGCCGCGCUUCGGCCGCUGUCGGUGGUGCUCACUGAGCCGAUGAAAAAUGGCGACGCACACGAACACCCGCAGAGAGUGGAGAAAGGGAGGCGCGGCUGCGGUGGGCGCCCGGCACGAGCGUACAAAAAAUAACGUUGCUGAAUGCUCCGAAGGGCUGAUGCUGAUGAAGGGAGACCGAGGGAGGCAGGAAAUGUUGUGAAAUACGCGGAUGUCGCUUUUGCUGUUGUUGCUGCUGCUGCUGCUGUCGAAAGCAGACGACUAUCCUCCUCUUCUCCUUCCCUAAGCGCACGCGUGGGCCCGUUUAAUGCGGACCGCAGUGCCACUCAACCACGCCCAUGUCAGCUAGUCGCUCCCUUCCGCUCUCCCCGAAUGCGCUUUUCAGGCUGUUUCGUGCGCGGCUGCGUGUAGGCCAUGGGCCGAGUGGUGGUGGCGGUGGCGGUGGGGACUCACGCGGAAGAGGGCCCCCUCACGUCCCAGGGGGCACCCCCCUUCAUCAUCAAGGCAUGAACAUGCACACAUACGUGCAGACGUGUUUCCUACUGCAGCUCCUCCACUGGCCCUCGCGCCUCCCCUUUCCUUCUCUCCCGCUUUCUUUUGCGCUACUUUGCUCACCGCACGCGAAGCGACGGACGUGGCUCUUGCGGUGCCUCUCUACAGAGCAGUACCACUAAGAGCUCGCACUCAGAUAGGGUCACACAGACACACGAACAUUUUUCAUCAACGCACCAUCAUUCUGUGCGGUGUCUGUUUCUUGGGGACGUCUCCCUGCGUAUUGGUGUCUCUCUCUGUGUGCGUGAGUGAUCGGCUCUCUUCUGCUCCGUGA